UCUUCGACCCUUUUCCGUCGAAUCCCGCCUCGCCGGGCAUCUCUCGUCUCCAGUCUUUAUUCCCUUCGCCAUCCCAUCCAUCAUCAUCAACCAUGCCAGAUCUCAACACGGUGCCAGCAUCGCCUCACCCCAUUCCCCCUUCAACUUCCCGCCGCACCUCCACAAACCAAAUGCAACCUCCAUCACCAUCGUUGAACAUUCUCCCUUCCAACCAACCCGCCGUGGAACAGGCCCGUCGCUACUCCAAUACGUCCUUACCAUCUCCUCGCUUUACCCCUUCUUCCUUCUCUAGCUCAAGCAACCAGCUGCCGAUUCAACCCCCGCCAUCAGCCUCCGAUAUGUCUACUAUCUCUGGGCCCGGUCCAGUCCGUCAUCCCCGACCACUAACUGCCGCUGAACUACAUAAUCAGCUGGAGAAGGAACAGGAAGCGGUGGUCAAUCGUCUUUCUCGAGAACUUCAGCUCCUUCGAGCCGCAAACAACGCGUCGGCAGCCUCCAACACCUCCUCUGCGUCAGCCGGAACCGCUUCCCACGAACAACAACAACAACAACAACAACAACAACAACAACAGCAACAACAACAACAAGCUCCCGGCGAUUCUAGCCUCCUCACCGGCGCCGGCUUCUCCAUCCCCUCCAGCGCCGGCCGCCGUCACAACCGCACAGCCUCGAACACCAGCACCCGCAGUGUUGCCGCCACCAUGGGCUCCACCAACGCCUCCACGGCCUCCGGCCUCGCCCGACCGCUCCCCACCCCGCUGUCCCGACAGAACAGUUCCGCCUCCCACCGCAGCAUCACCGGAACGUCGCCCGCUGGUACCGACAGCUUUUCCGGCGUGGGCUUCCUCACCGCCUCGCAGCGGAUCCCCGGCUACAUGCCCACGGGCAGCAGCUACUCCAACGUCACAACGGCGGGCAGCCUGAGCCAGGGCUACACACAGGACUCGUCUCCGCUGACGCCGGGUCUCCUCCCCGGCACGCCGCGGUACGAAGAGACGCUGGUGCAGCGGGAGCAGCUCGAGAUGGCGCUCCGCGAGAACGAGGUGCUGAAGAAGCGCAUCCGCGAGCUGGAGCGCAUGGUGCGCGAGCGGCGUCGUGGCGAGAGUGUAAGUACCGCCACGAGUACAGGUACCAGUACCGGCGCCGGCGCCAAUGUCCCUGCUGCUCCGGCGGCGGCGGCGGUUGCUGCUGCUUCUUCUUCUCCUUCUCCUGCGGCGGCUGGUGCUGGUGUCGCGGGCCCCCGGGAACGGCCGAGCAUGCGCACUUGCUUCCAAUGCGGGUUUGACGCCGCAGACUUCCGGCGCAUGAGGAUGAACGAGGCCAAAAGCCAGGGGAGUGGCGUUACGUGACAACAACAUUGGGGAAGGUGUUGGGUUCGGAGAGAUCAUUCAUGUUGUCAACUUUCAACGGUGUCUUUGUCUGUCUCUCUAUUCUUACGAACGAAUGCAUUUGUG